CUUUCUUUUUAUUUUUCAACCUUUUUUUUUUUUUUGGUUAUCGUUAAUUACUAACUUUCUUGUUAGUUUUAUACAAUAUGAAUCCUGAGUACGAUUAUCUAUUCAAGAUGUUACUGAUCGGUGACUCUGGUGUUGGAAAGUCUUGUUUGUUACUUCGGUUUGCUGACGAUACAUAUACUGAAAGUUACAUUUCAACGAUUGGUGUAGACUUUAAAAUACGAACUAUCCAAUUGGAUGGCAAAACGAUCAAACUUCAAAUUUGGGAUACGGCUGGUCAAGAAAGAUUUCGUACUAUCACAUCGUCUUAUUAUCGAGGGGCACAUGGGAUUAUUGUUGUCUAUGAUGUCACUGAUCAAGAAUCAUUUAAUAAUGUCAAAUUGUGGUUGAAGGAAAUCGAUCGUUAUGCAGCAGAAGGUGUUAGCAAGUUAUUAGUUGGGAACAAAACUGAUCUGAUGGAUCAAAAAGUAGUAGAAACAGAACAAGCCAAGGAACUAUCGGAUUCACUUGAUAUACCAUUACUGGAAACAUCAGCAAAAGAUUCUAUCAACGUGGAACAAGCCUUUUUGACUAUGGCUAAACAAAUUAAAAAUAAUAUGGGAUCACAACAUCAAGAUCAACAACAUACACAACAACGAAAAUCAUCUAUUAGGAUAGGUCAAGGUACAUCAGUCAAUCAAGAAGAAAAUAGUAGAUGUUGUUAGUUAGUUAGUUAGUUAUGAU